UGGAGGGCCUAAUAUCUGUGUAGAGUAACAGCAGCAAGAGUCAAACUGCAACUCCCAGCAGCCAUUGCGAAUGAAUAUGCCCAGUCUGUAAAAUGUGCCCGAACACGUCUUCACGACGGCCGUAAAGUGUGCCGCUGUUGUGGCUAGGCAUUGGGCGGCCAGACAGACCACGCAAAGACGCGCUGUGCUUUUCUUCCUCACUGAGUUGACCAUGUCCAACACGUGGAGUCUUAGAGAAACGGAGAGCGUUGUCCACACGGCCAAUUUCGCUUUUUUUUGACAAGUGGCCAAAAUGUAUGAAACAGUCUGAAUAUUUUUCAUGAAAUAGGCUGGUUGCACGUCUGCUCCUUAGAACCGAAACAUCUGAAACAUCUGAUGUCCUUAAACAUCUCAGCUACUGACUGUUCGUAGACAGGUCCUCUAUCGUCCAUAACCCCAACCCUUAAGCAUCUCGGCUCCUGUUCCAAGUCAUUUGACAGGUUCCCUCCUCCUUCCGUAUGCACGUCCUCAGGGGAGUUUGGAGGCUUCGGAGGAGUUUGGAGGAGUUUGGAGGGACUUCACCACUCAGCCAUGGCAGUCCGGGUCACGCCUGUCCGUCUCGCGGCUCUGCUCGUUACUAUGAGCUGCGCUCGUGCGCUCGCGCUCCAGCGCAAUCAUAUUUUAGGGAGAGCCACGCGAGGUUUCUCCGAGUCGAAGCGCGUGUACUACAGAACUUUGUACUUCGAUCAGCAGAUUGACCACUUUGGGUUUUUGGAGAAUGGUCUGUUCAAACAAAGGUACCUUCUCAGUGACCAGCACUGGCGUCAGAACGGCCCCAUUCUGUUCUACACCGGCAAUGAAGGAGACAUCACGUGGUUCUGUAACAACACUGGCUUCACGUGGGACGUAGCAGAGGAAAUGGGAGCCAUGCUUGUUUUUGCUGAACACCGUUACUACGGCGAGUCCCUGCCUUUUGGGGAGGAAUCUUACAGCAAUGCCAAGUACCUGAACUACCUGACGUCGGAGCAGGCUUUGGCUGACUUUGCAGUGUUGAUCAAAUCCUUGAAGGCGUCUGUGACUGGAGCUCAGAACAGCCCCGUCAUCGCAGUGGGAGGCUCCUAUGGGGGAAUGCUGGCUGCCUGGCUCAGGAUGAAAUACCCCAGUGUAGUUACAGGUGCUCUGGCUGCGUCUGCCCCAAUCUGGCAGUUCACUGACAUGGUGCCCUGUGGGGAUUUCUACAAAAUAGUCACCCAAGACUUUGCCAAGAGCGGAAUCAACUGUAGCAAGUCCAUCAGGAGGUCAUGGAUGGCUAUCAGCAAUGUGUCGUCCACGGGUGAAGGUCUCCAGUGGCUUUCUGAGGAGUUUGGGCUUUGCGCUCCACUCAAACCCCAGGAUGUGGAUGACUUCAGGGCCUGGCUGCAGGAAACCUGGGUCAACUUGGCCAUGGUGGAUUAUCCAUAUGAGGCUAACUUCCUCCAGCACCUCCCACGGUGGCCGGUUAAGGUUGUCUGCACACAUCUCCAGUUUGAUAGCGGCGUGACAGACAGGCAGCUGUUACAUGGAGUAUCACAGGCAGUGAAAGUGUACUACAACUACACAGGAAGCGCUGUUUGUCUCAACAUGUCAGAGACCGCUACAGGAAGUCUGGGCACCAGGGGCUGGUACUACCAGGCCUGUACGGAGAUGGUGAUGCCCAUGUGCACAGAUGGCAUUCAGGACAUGUUUGAGCCGCAGUCCUGGAGUCUGCAGGCUUUCUCCGACGAGUGCUACGGCCUGUUUGGAGUACGGCCGCGGGAACACUGGGCCAGCAUGGCGUACGGAGGGAAGAAGAUCAACUCCCACAGCAACAUUAUCUUCAGCAAUGGAGACCUGGACCCCUGGAAGAGUGGUGGUGUGACCAAGAGCCUUUCAGACUCUCUGGUUGCCAUAGUGAUCCCAGACGGAGCUCAUCACCUUGACCUCCGCUAUAGUAAUGAGCAUGACCCCCAGUCUGUUAUCCAGGCCCGUGCCCUGGAACUGCAGCACAUCAAGCAGUGGAUCAAGCAGGAGCAGGUAUAGGGAACAGGUGUAGGGUAUAGGGUAACCACUAUAGGGUAACCAUUAUAGGGUAACAGAUAAGUGCUUAUUAAUGCUUAUAAAUGCUUAUUAAGAUAAGCACAAAAGCGCUGGGAGCCAAAUACAGUUUAGUAAGCUUGACCAAAACAGAAGUGCUUUGUAUGUAAUUAGACUUUCUUAAAUAAUGUUUCUCUUUCAUCUGUUUUAGAACAACUGAUAGAAAUAAACAGGUUUUCCUGUCAAAUCAGUCAUUCAAAUAAUUGUAUGAACAUGUCAAGUAUACUGAUAUAUGAUGGCACAAGUUAUGAAGUUUCAAUGACAUUUGAUUGCAUUGUUACAAUCUUUAAUUCAACAGAAAUCAAAUAAAAAUCAGGGUAAAAUCAAAUAAAAAUCAGGGUAAAAUAUUGUUCUGCAGUGCAGUUCUGCUGGAAAAACAGCAGAAUUUCCUGAGGAACUUUUUUUAAGUGGAUAAUGCUUUUUUCACUCAAAGCCUCAUUCCUACAAGAAUUAUAUGUUCAGGACAUUACCCAAGGUAUUACUCAGGUCAUUACCUGGCCCAUUGCCCGGGGCAUUACCCAGCUGGCCAAGGUUGAAGAGUGGAUGCUCCCAUCCAUGCAGGCUGUAGUUCAGCAAAAGUGUUCAGUAACGUGGAUGUUAAGAUUCUGGUGGUAAGGUCAUUAAAGUCAUGUCAGCUGCUGGGA